AUGUGUAUCCGACAACUCGCGGCAAUUCUCUCCUCUCCUCUUAUAGGUAAGCAAUGGGCCAGCUCAGAGGUCGAGGAGGGUGAGGCCUCACAGGAAGUUCUGGGUGAAGCAGGAAACAGGUACAGUAAGGCUACGAAAGCUAUAGGAGCGGCACACCCACGGCUCGGAAUCGGGCUUGCGGCACGUGUUUACAAGCACAAAUGGCCUCGUCGGCGAGCUGGUAAAACAUGGCUUAUUGUCACGGAGGCCGAGGCAGAGACAUGGCGAUUAGAGGCGGGCUUCAUCAUCUCAGCCAAUGAUUCCGAGGUCGACAGCACAGCAAAGUGA